UUGGUGGAAGCGCCACGCCGUGUGAACGGGAGGCUUACGCAAGGCGUCAGCGUGUGUCUCUGUACAUUUGGAAAAUGGCGAGCUGGUGUGUCCGAGCAGUGAGGCAGAGCUACUCCGUGUUGGGGUCCCCCGCGCUGAAGAGAGCGCCUCUGCGGCUGCUGUGCACCGCCACCCAGCAGAAGAACGGCCCCGGCUCCGAGGAGGAGGCUGAGAAGACGGAGCCGGGCGCAGCCGACAAGGUCCUCGCUGAGGAGAAGGUCCAGUUGGAGGAGCAGCUCAAGGAGAUGACGGAAAAGUAUAAGAGGGCUCUAGCAGAUACAGAGAACCUGAGGACCAGGAGUCAAAGGAUGGUGGAGGAUGCCAAAUUAUAUGGCAUCCAAGGCUUCUGCAAGGACCUCCUGGAGGUGGCCGACAUCCUGGAGAAGGCCACAGAGAGCGUGCCGAAGGAGGAGGUGACCAAUCAGAACCCUCACCUGAAGAACCUGUACGACGGGCUGGUGAUGACCGAGGUCCAGAUCCAGAAGGUCUUCACCAAGCACGGCCUGAUCAAGCUCAACCCCGAGGGCCAGAAGUUUGACCCCUACGAGCACGAGGCGCUCUUCCACGCCCCCGUGGAAGGCAAAGAGCCCGGGACCGUCGCCGUGGUGACCAAAGUGGGCUACAAGCUCCACGGCCGCACCCUCAGGCCGGCGUUGGUGGGUGUGGCCAAAGCCCCCUAGCGGGACGGGCUAACGGCGUGACAGUGGGAUUAGCCUUGCUGCCCGGGGAGCGGAUGGCGCCGAACUCUGUGGACUGCCCAGGCUCUGCAGUCUACUCCCACCAAACUGUCCUCACACUCUGACACAGGCCCAGACAUGCAAACUCUCUACGCGGACAGCAUCCAACAGUUUUAACUCGGUCUGCCAGAGGACGGCCCGUUUAGUAAAUACGUCUGUCAUCGUGAUCGUGAUUUGCCUUUGUUCAGGUUCCGUCAGAAACACAAGGAGGAGGUCCCACCAAGCUUUCAGCGAGGAGCCGAAGAUCAUCAUUUAACCAGAAGAUUUAAAUAAAGGCAUGCUGCAUCUAUAAUACAAGCAGGCCUGCAGGAGGGGGUUCUGAUGCUGCUGUCAUUCCACACUUCUGUUUUCACAGUUGUGUUUUUGUGUUGAGUUUGAACUACAUUCUGAAUUAAAGCGAAGAUAUGACAAAAACCCCAGAUGUUUCCUUUGAACAGAUGUUGGCUCCCUGUGCAGUUUUAGUCAAAUCAACGUUGUUGUCUAGACUUAAUCGGGUCUGAUAAACAAGCCCCGGGCCGUGAUGUAAUGUGGCUCAUUUUGACAUAAUAAUCAGAUGUAUGUCGGUGUGUAGGAAUGACCCAGUCCUCAUCCAGGGUUCUGUAUUGGAAUAAACUAAGUAACACA